GCUUUUGGACAGAUCUGCUUACUGCCCUUCUUAAUAAGGCUGAACAACUUCUCGCUCAUGCGUUCGCUUGACAUCCAGGAGGAUCCCACGUUUAUCCCCGAGGUUGCGGCGGAGGUUAUGGAAGACAAGUCUGAGGCUAAAAACACUUCGGACGUUAUCGAGCAGCUGAUAGAUGCAAGGUCUGAUUCUGCUAGCAAGGGGUUUAGCUUCAAAGGGAUCAAGGACUACCUGGACUGCUACCGGAGUGGGAAGCUGACGCCGUCUCAGGUAGCAAAGAACAUCAUCGCCGUGCUGGAGGACUGCGACAAAUCCAUGCCCCCACUCAGAGCGAUAGUGCAAUGGGACCAGGAGCAAAUCAUGCAGAUGGCUGAGGCCUCCACAGCUCGUUACAGGAAUAAAUGCACCCUGUCUUAUCUGGAUGGCAUCCCAGUGUGUCUGAAAGAAGAGUUCAAAGUGGUGCCUUACCAUCACCGAGUGGGAACAGUGUAUCUUGGGACAGAGCCCGAAACAGAAGAUGCUACUGUGGCCAGGAAGCUUCGAGAGGCUGGGGCUAUCAUUAUUGGGGUCUCAAACAUGCACGAACUAGGGACUGGAACAACUGGAUGCAACCCUAAUAGGUACCACAAGAUCCCUAGGAACCCCUACAAACCUAACCACUUCCCAGGUGGGAGCUCCAGCGGGUCAGCAGCAGCUGUAGCAGCAGGUCUCUGCCCGGUGGCUCUUGGCACAGAUGGAGGUGGCUCUGUGAGGAUUCCUGCUUCGUUCUGUGGUGUGGUGGGGCUGAAAGGUACGUUUGGGCGCAUCAGUUGUCACGGCAGCUUGCCGCUCUCCUACUCCACGGUCAGCGUAGGCCCUAUCUGUUCCUCAGUGGCGGAUGCAGCCAUUGUUUACAGUAUCCUUGCUGAGCCGGAUCCACUCUAUCCAUAUGGACUAAAACAGCCCAAAGCAACCCUGAGUGAUAUGUGUGCUCCUGACCUGAAAGGCUUAAAACUGGGAGUGGACUGGACGUUUUUUAAGGCAUGUGAUGCUGAAGUCCUGUCCAUCUGUGAGAAAGCUGUGGAGCACCUGCAGAGUUUGGGAGCCAGCGUGGUUGAAGUGUCUCUUCCAGAGAUGGAGGAAGUGCGAGUAGCGCAUGUAAUCUGCAUUCUCAGCGAGAUGAGGGAUUUCUUGCAACCUGACUUCAACAAGCAUUUCCAGGAAAUGAACUUGGACACUCGAGCUAACCUGGCCUUGGCUUCCCAGUUCACAGCUCUGGAUUACAUUACGGCAAAUCGACAGAGAACUCGGAGCAUGAGAUUCUUGCAAGAGAUCUUCACCACGGUGAACUGUAUCCUCACACCAGCUGUUCCUUCCACCGCCCCAAGGAUCUACGAAUCUGACCUCCUGACUGGGAGCAGCAAUUUCUCCCUCACGGCCCGGUCCAUGAGGUUCAUGCAGCUUGGUAACUUCACUGGGAUUCCAGGCCUUGUGGUCCCCGUUGGAUAUUCUACUGCUGGGCUUCCUAUCAGCUUCCAGGUGAUGGCGAAGUGGUGGGAUGAAGCCAUUCUUCUGAGGAUUGGCCUGAAGCUAGAACAGUUUCGUUACCAGACCAAAAAACCAUCCAUUUAUUACGACAUCCUCGCAUGAUGGAGCGACCAGGACGGGGAAUAUGUCU